CAUCCAUAUACGCCAUCGAGUUAGAGCCACCACCACCCCACGGUCUGCGUUCCAUCCCCCUUCGCCUUUUUGUUCGUCUGUCGCCAAAAUGGCCGACGCGGUUUCCAUCGAACAGAACAACAAGAUCCGAGCUGCGCUCGGAUUAAAACCUCUCCCUGUUCCUGGCGCCGACUAUGAUGACGACUCCGACUCGUCCGCCUCCGAAGAUGAAGACCCCGGAAGCACCCUCGAGUCGCGCGAGGCGAUGGCAUCCCAGAACUGGAAGAAAAUGCAAGAUGACGCCGAGGCGAGGCGGAAACGAGACGAGCGGAACGCUGCUAUCAAGCGGGCGCGUGACCUGGCUCAGAGAGAUGCGAAACUGGAAGGAGCCACGCUUGGAGAGUCUGGGGAUGCGGACCAGGAUACCAAGGCUUGGCUGAUGCAGUCUAAGAAGCGACAGAAGAAGAUCGAGAAGGAGCGGGCGCGCAAACUGGCAGCAGAGUUGGAGGAACGGGAACGUGCGGCGGAAUACUCAGCGGUCGAUCUGGCUGGUAUCAAGGUUGGACAUGAGGUCGGCGAUUUUGAGGGAGGCGAGGAUCACAUUCUUACGCUGAAAGAUGCGACGAUCGAUGAGAAUGAGGAGGAGGGUGAUGAGUUGGAGAAUAUUCAUAUGAAAGAGAAGGAGAAGACUUCGGAACGGUUGGAGCUGAAGAAGCGGAAGCCGGCAUAUGACCCUACGGAGGAGAACACUAGCAUUUUGGCACAAUACGAUGAGGAGAUUGAGGGCAAGAAGCGGAAACGCUUCACCCUUGAUGCUCAAGGGUCUACGCUGGAAGAACGGGAGGCAAAACGACAGGAGGUUUCGGACAAGUUGAACAAGAAUAUUAUCAGUUUGGACUUUGAGACUGAGACGCCUGCGUCCGACUACAUGGAUGUGAGUGAGAUCAAGAUCAAGAAGCCAAAGAAGAAGAAAGCGAAGGCUACGAAGCAACGGGCUGUUAUUGACGAUGACGAACUAUUUCCUACUCCCGACUCGACGGGUACACCGAACGGCAACGCUAUGGAUAUCGAUACCAGCAACGGAGAACCGACACCGGCACCUGCUCCCCGGAAGUGGGCAAGUGAAGAUGUUUCGUUCGUGGAUGACGAUGACCUGCAAGCCUCCCUUACGCGCCAGAGACGUGCUGCAUUCAAGAAGCGGCAGAAAGUGCGGCCCGAAGAUCUUGCCCGCCAGCUUCGAGAGGAGGAAUCCCAGACGCCAAUGGAAACGGGCACUCCGGACGGAAACGAAGAAGAGCCCGGCCUAGUGAUCGAUGAGACCUCCGAGUUUGUCUCCAACCUACAGAAACCCACCCUGCCUGAACCCCGUGAGAGGCGGACAACGACCCCCGCCGAAGAGUCUCGUGCCAAGAGUGAAGGCCCUAGCGCCCAGGGAGAGCCCGAGGACGGCGAUGUGGACAUGGAGCGGACAUACAAUGAUAUUGAGGAUGAGGAGGAUCUGAAGGAACGGAUCAAGCGCGAUGAAGCUCAGGCCCAACAGCAUAUCAGCACCACCGGUUUGGACGAGGAAGCGACAUUGGAUCAGGGUCUCGGUUCUACGUUGUCUAUGCUCAAACAACGUGGUCUGGUCAAGGGAUCCGACGCUGCCGACAACAACUCUCUACUUCGGGAUCGUCAUCGCUUCCUGCAGGAGAAGAGUCGGCUUGAGACCGAAGCCGAGAAACGCGCUCGCCACCAGCGUGAGCGCGACCGCGCCUCGGGCAAGCUGGACCGCAUGUCUGCACGUGAAAGAGAGGAAUACGCUCGCUGGGAGAACAAACAACGAGACCAGCAGGACGCGCGGCACAUGGCAGAGGUGUUUAACCGCGAAUACAAGCCCGAUGUGCAGCUCAAGUACGUGGACGAGCAUGGCCGGGCGAUGAACCAGAAGGAGGCAUUCAAGCAUCUCAGUCACCAGUUCCACGGCAAGGGAAGUGGCAAGAUGAAGACGGAGAAGCGUCUGAAGAAGAUCGAAGAGGAGAAGAAACGCGAGGCGAUGAGUGCUCUGGACAGCAGUCAGCACACUGGUAUGAACAACGCCAUGGGUGCGACAGCCCGCAAGAACCGGCAGGCGGGUGUGCGACUGGGCUGAGGGUUACGUUGCUCUCUCAGACUUGUGUUCGAUGACCUUGACCUCCCUCCGGAGGCAUUUAAUGGAUUCCCGCUUACUAGGCUACGCAAUGUUGUACAGAUAUACCAGUAGAAAUAGCUACAUCUCACAUCCAUAGAUCC